AUGGAAAGAAUUAAUAACACGACUUCUUCUUUUUACAAUAAAGUAAAACUUAAAUCAAAAACAGGUUUCGACACAUUUGACAUAACCAAAUCCUAUUGUGGUAAUAGUAAGAAGGAAGACACUGUGAUUUACAAAGACCAAACUAUUCAAAUCACAACAAAUGUGAGUCAAAAUAAAGACUUGAUUUUACAAGAUUCCACAGUCUUAAUAUUAUCUUCUUGCACCGUGUCGUUCGGUAACGUUUUUAUUUUGGGGACUUCAUCAAUAGUUGUGUACCCAUACUCAUCUCUGCAAACUAAAAAUAUGACCUUAUUUUAUUCUUCAUCUUUUUCGAUGGAAAAUUACACAAAAGUAAUUGUCACUGGAAAUCUUGAAAUAUACAAUUCUUCAUAUUUUGAGUCUUUUUAUUGUUGUACACUUGAAGUGUCAGACAACAUCACAUUGUAUGACACAUCGAUGUUUUAUACAUUAGACAACAACACUUUGACUAUUCAAAAUUCAGUGGUGCUCAACAAUGAAGCAUUGUUUUCUUUGUACCCAAACACGAAGGCCACCAUCAAAAAUUCCUUUUUAAUAUUCGACAACACCAUUUUAGUUUUGAAUAAUGCAGUGAUACUUACAAUAGAUUCUUUUGUUACAAACGGAAAUUCACAAAUUAAAAUUUUUAGUUUAACUAUUAUAAGAGUGAAUGAAAUGAUUCUACUUAAUUCAUCUAAGGUCUACCUUCAAAACGUCACAUCCAUAUUCACGAAAUACAUGUAUUUACAAGGAGAAUCCUUAUUUUCUUUAAAUAAUGAUACAACUGUGUAUGUUGACAAUUAUUUUGAAAUGCGCAACAAAGCCAUAAUUUCAUUUCGGUAUAAUGAUAGAUUAAUUGUAUAUGGCAAUGGAGUGGACCAGAAAAUAUGUGACCCCGACUUUAAUUAUAAUCCAGACGUGAGAUGUGUCAUCGCAGCAUUUUUAGACUCGUGUGUUAUCACACAAAGGUACGGUGACACACAACAAUAUCCAUUGUUCACACUUUACAAUGGAUUCGACGUUUUUAAUAAAGACGUUCUUCUGAAAAUGGCAACCUCUGUGGUAAAUUUCUUUGUUUAUGCAAAAGACUUUUUCAGGAACGACAAAUCGCCACUGUUUCUUCAAAACGGAAGAUUACAGAGGUUCUUUGUGUUUGAACAAGAAUACGACAUCCACUGCUUUAUGAAUGGAACAAUGUGGGAAAAUGAAUUUAAUUGGAAUUCCUCUUACCCAUUCAUCACACCGAACUGCCCAUGUUCUGGACAAAUGUGUUUUGUCCACACAAUGAAACAAAAAGUGACUUUUAAGAACAGAGAUUACUUCAAUGGAAAUGUGGUAAAUGCCGAUUUAUUAGAAAUAGGUGGUCAUGAUGUCGAAUUGCAUAUAAACACUUCUUUAAAUCGAGUGAUUUAUUCGGAUGUAUUAAAAAUUGAGAGAAGAGUGAAUCACAAGACUUCUAACAAGUCGGAUUUGAAAGGAGAAGAUGCCACACCAAGAACAUUGGUCGCACUAAUAGAUAAAAAUAACAACAACCCUUUAUCAAUAACACUGAAAUUCUCGUUAUAUGAAGAAGAGACAAAAGCAGAAGAAAGUAUUAUGAUUAAUGAAAAUGAGAUUACUAUAUCAUUAGUACAACACACCACUUCACAGGAUCAAGCUAUAGCAGAAAUCAUUCAAAUAGCACCAUCUGUGUUUCUCUUUAAAGCAAACACAAACUUCUCAUUUAAUAGUGUGGAUAAUUGUCAGAGUGCGUUGGUGACAAACAUGUCGGAGUGUUUGACUAACUAUUCACUUGUAUGUGCAAAAGGAUACUUUGUCGAUUUUGGGAAGAAGUGCUCGGAAUGUCCAAGUAAUUGUGAAGUCUGCACUAACACGACAAAAUGUAUUAAAUGUGCGCCUCAUUAUUAUCUCUCUAAUUUUCAAUGUCUUAAACUCCCCGACACAUGCACAUUAGCCACAAAUGAGAGAUGUGUAUUUUGUGGAGAAGGUGCGUUAAAUACACAAUACAAUUCAUGUGACAUGUGUUUGCCAUUUUGCAAAAAGUGUAGUGGGUUAAAGUGUAUUCUUUGUAAAGGAAAUUCAGUGAUCAAUUAUAACGGGUUUUGUUACACCCCAGAUGGAAGUCAGACCACCAAUGAAUACACAAUUACAAGUUGUAAAGAUGGCUAUUUUCUCAAUGAUACAAAAUGUACUAUAUGUACUAGUUUAGAUAUAGAUUGUAACGUUUGUAACAAAAAGAUGUGCACCAAAUGCAAUUCAAACACACUUUUUGUGAAUAACAUAUGCCGUUCACCGAUUGGGUAUAUGAUCCUUGAAAACAAGAUUUUUGGGUGUCAAAGUGGAUAUUCGAAAAGUGAGAAUGGCAGAUGCGAGAAAACGUUGAAUGACUGUCUCGUUUACAACAAUGGGUGUAUUAAAUGUAAUAGUUCGACUUAUCUAUCACAUGGGAAAUGUUAUACAACUGUUGAAAAAUGUGUGUCAUACACCACACUUGGAUGUUCUAGUUGUGAUUUUGGGUACUUUGUCGACUCUACCGGAAGAUGUGCAAAAUGUGAUAAAGAUUGUCUUUCUUGUUCGAAGAUAUCAACUCGUUGUUUGUCUUGUGACAAAACGGUAUCUUAUCUAAACAAUGGCACUUGUGUGUACUACGAAUUCUCUGCAGAUUCUUGUGCGCUUGUAGCACAAAAUGGUUGGUGCAUUACGUGUCAAAUUGGGUAUUACAAAAGUGGAACACAAUGCAAAAAGUGCAAUAAAUCAUGUGCGGCAUGUGUCACCUCUACUGUAUGUACAACAUGUUCUUCCAAUUAUUAUUGGUUACCAAAGAAUGGCAGUUGUGUAUGUAAAAACACAGUUUUGCACUGUUUAGAUUCUCCAAUAGGUUCUUUGGGGUGUAAGACGUGUCAAGAUCAGUAUUACCUUGAAGAUGGCAAUUGUAAAAAAUGUUCCAAUUGGUGUGGGCGAUGUAAGACAUAUGAUCGUUGUUUAUAUUGUACCACUGGAGUCUUAAUAAACGAGAGUUGUUUCAAUUACACUGCCAUUGAAAGUUGUAUUAAAGCCAAAAAUUCGAAGUGUGCCAGAUGUGAGUUCUGGAGAAGACCAAGUCCAGAUGGGAGUAAGUGCUUGUUUUACUUUGAGUGGAUACCUGUGAUAGUAUUACUGUUGACAAUUAUUGUUGUUAUUAUCAUUAGUGUUGCCAUCAGUUAUUUUGUCAUCCGAAAAUUGGUGAACGUCCACAACUCAUACAAAAACAAGUACAAGCACAACUCGAUGAAGAUGUCUGAGUAUCGAUUUGUUACAGAAAAGGAUACACAAAAUGGGAUAAUAGUGGGUGAGAGAGUCAUUAAUUUUGUUGACGAUAAUUUACUAAUAGUCAAUGUCCCCCGAGUGCGUACGAUUGUGAUAGGAAACGCACAGAAAUGUUUACAAAUAUUUCAAGUGGUUACAGGUAAUAUAAAAAAUAAGGUGAAUGUCACAUCAUCACCAGAUGUGUUCUUAUUAAAACCAAAUUACUGUUGUGAGGUAUUGAUAUCAGUACUACCAACGUGCACAUUUAAAAGUGAAGAAGAGCUUAAUAUCAUUGCGACGAGUGUGAGCACCAACAAGAAGACUAAAGUUAAGAUUAAGAUGCAAUUUGAUGUUGAGAUGUCGAAACGCAUUUCUGAAGAUGAGAUAGUAGUGAAGAAUAUUAUAGGCCAUGGAGCAUGCAGUAAUGUAUACUCUGGUUAUUAUCGUGGACAGAAAGUCGCUGUGAAGGAGAUGAAAUACCUUUUUGUGCAUCAAGAGAAGGCACAAGAGUUGUUGUUAAAUGAAAUUGAUGUACUCGAAAAGAUUCAGAACGACUUUAUAAUUUCAUAUAUAGGUUGUUUUACUUCAGUACAAAAAGUCAUAUUGGUCGAGGAAUUGGCAGAGUUUGGAUCUCUACAGCAAAGAAUUGACCAAAGUAAAGAAUUUUCAAAAGAAUUCAAAAUUAAGAUACUUAAAGACAGUUGCUGUGGUUUGGAAUAUCUUCAUCGCCACAAUAUCUUACACAGAGACGUAAAACCUGGAAACAUAUUGCUGGUGGAUCUCUCUAACAACGCUUAUUGCAACGCAAAGAUCUCGGAUUUUGGAAGUUCAAAAUACACAGUUAACACGUUGAAUUUGACAUUCACUAAAGCCAUCGGAACGCCUUCAUUCAUGAGCCCUGAAAUACUCAGAAUGGAAAAGUACACAAAACAAGCAGACGUAUACUCCUUUGCAGUCACUAUGUUCGAAACUUUUAUAUGGGACAAAAGCUACCCGGAGACUAACAAAAAGUUCGAGUACCCAUGGCUCAUAGCAGACUUCGUGACGUCCGGAAAAAGAAUUGGGAAACCAGAUAACAUGGAAAAUAGUGUUUUCGAACUCAUUAGCUUGUGUUGGGAUAACAACCCAAAUCAAAGACCAACCUUCGAGCAGAUUAAAAGUCGACUCGAAAAACUGUAA